CCGCGCCGGGGCGCGGGCACGGCCGCCAUUGGCUGGCAGCGCUGCGGGGCAUCGCGAUUGGUCGGCGCUGCCGGCGCGGGGCGGGACGGACGGGCGGACGUAGCGCUGAUUGGCUGGCGCGACGCAGGCGGAAGUGGCGGCGUGAGAGGUAGGAGAAGAAGAUGGAGAAGACUUUGAACAGAAUCCAUCCAGUUUCUGAUCCAGAAGCAACCUAUUUUCUACAGGUGUCAUGGGAAAAGGAUUUAGGCGCUGGCUUUGGUUUACUUCUUAGUGAUUGUCAGUGUGCCUGGACUGGGACAGUGUCUGAAUCAGACAUUUCUAGGGAGGCUGCUGACAUAGAAAUGGACAGAGAAAAAUAUGUGGAAGAGCUGAGGAAAGCACUGAUAGCUGGAGAAGAGUUAGCUGGCAAAUACAACUUUGUGAUUUCAAGAGAUGAGCAGAAUAAGGCCUGUCACUUCUCCUAUGAAAGGAACCUGAAAGACGGCUCUUUCAGACUUGGAUCUCUGAGGCUGCAGGAAGUCCCAAACCCAGCAGAGGUGAUCAAGGAACUCAUUGGUUACUGCCUGGACAGCCUGGGGAAGCUGCAGGCCAGAACUGAGCGUCUGCAGAGGGAAAAUGAAAAGCUUUUCAACAACUGGAGUGACGUGGAGAAGAGGCUGGAAAAAUACGUGGUAGCUAAAGAGAUGCUGGAGGCAGACCUUUACAGCAGGUUUGUUUUGGUGCUGAAUGAAAAGAAGGCAAAGAUAAGAAACUUGCAGAAGUUGUUGAGUGAAGCUAAAGAAUCUGCAGUGGAUGCCAAGUGUGCAAGGGAUAGUAUAGCUACUACUCAGGUGGUUGUAAAGAGAGAAAACAACUAUGAUGCCAGCACUGAUGAGGAAAGUGAAAAUCCAGCACAGGCCUCGUUGCCAUCAGCUCCAGAACAAAGGGAUUCCUCCCUGCUGGGCAGCCCAGACAUUGUGGACCCAGCUCCCAGGAGAAAACGAAGGCAAAGGACAGCAAAACCUGCAGGAACAGGAGCUAAGGUGGCUGCUUACGAGGAAGAGGAGCCAGCCCAGGAAAAGUAA